UAGAGCUCAGUUCCCAGUUGACAAUCGAACGAAGCGAAAUGCAAAAGCAGCUGAAGCGGAACACUUGGUUGCUACUCUUGAUAGUGACCUUGGUGGCCUGUGAAUCGGGCGGAGAAUCGCACAGUCGAGUGAAACGGAUAGUGGGUGGCAAGCAAUCGAAGGCUCCGCCUGUCGAUGAUCCUGUGAUCUUCGCGCGCAUCUUUAAUCGCGAUGCUCGAGUCGAGGGCUUUCGGAAUCCCAAUACCGGCAUCUACAGUUUCCUGGGCAUGCACUAUGCCGAACCUCCAUUGGGACCUCUGAGGUACUCCAGACCGGUCUACAAGAGAUUGGGUGGCGAUUUCAAUGCCACAAAACAUGGACCACCUUGUAUCCAGCCGCAUCCGCAGUUUCGUCAGCGAAUCAUUGGCAACGAGGAUUGCCUGCUGCUCAAUGUCUACACUCCGCAGAUGCCGGAUGAGACUACCGGACUGCCCGUCUUCGUGUGGAUCCAUCCGGGUGGCUAUCGAUAUGGCUCGGCGGCACAGUACGAUGCCACGCCCAUGGCCCAAAGGGGCGCAAUUGUGGUGGCCCCUCAAUAUCGCCUGGGAUCCCUGGGAAUCAUGGGCGAUGGCACCAAGCAGUUCGAUGGAAACCUGGCCAUGUUCGACCUAGCCGCUGCACUCCGUUGGGUCACCGACUACAUCCAAUAUUUCGGCGGAAAUCCAAAGCAGGUUCAGGCCAUAGGUCACGGAUCGGGAGCAGCCAGUGCCAUGUAUCUCUCCAUGUCCCAGACGGCCAAGAGUGCCGGCGAUGUCCACGGAGUGGUGGCCAUGUCCGGAACGGCACUCUCGCAAUACGCCAUGGACAAGGAACCCGUUCAGAGUGUCCAGGAGGUGGCCAAAAUCAAUGGAUGUCCCACCGGAAACGAACUCGAGAUCGUCAACUGCAUGAGAGGGAAAAGUGCCGAAGAGAUCAUCAAGAAUGAUGACAAAGUGCAAACUGAGCGUUUGGCAGGACGUGCUCUAGUGAAAGGACUGACUGGAAAUGUGGGCUUCCAACCUCACAUCGAAAGCGAGGAUGAUGGUAGGGCAUUGCCAAGUCUGAUAGUUGGUGAGCCGGAGCAGCAGCUCAAGAGUAGCAAUUUCUCGGGGAUUCCCCUGCUAACCGGAGUUACCAAACACGAGACAGCCAACUCAGUAACAGUGGAAAGUAUAGAAAAGAUCUUUGGAUCAGCGGAAAAGUUCUUGGGGUCCCUCAGUGAUUCUCUGAACAAGUUAACUGGCUUUCUGAAAAUCGAUAAGUUAACGGGGCAGAUUGCCAAGCCGGAGUUACCAGGGCUAACAAGUGUUCUAACUCCAACUCUUCAGGAUGUGUGGAAGGUUCCCCAAGCCCUGAAUGUGGAUCAAGUUUUGUCCAAAGUUGUGGAGUCCACAACUGAUGUGCUAUUUAAUCUUCCAGCUGUUCUUACUACCCAAGUCUGGUCUAAACUAGCUCCAGCUUUUAUGUACAGCUUCGAGUAUAAUGGCACCAAAUCAAAGGGUAUCAACUUCCUCAAGGGUCUUCCCAUUGUCUCGGAAACAGCUCACGAUAAACCAGAAACUGUGAGUCAUGGUGAUGAAAUCGGCUAUAUGUUCGAUGCAAAUGAUAUUUUCGGAAAUCCCUUGGAGCACACACGUUUGACAGCCGCUGAGGAUAUUAAAGUUCGCAAUAACCUGAUCGAUCUUCUGGUGCAGUUUGCCAAUAGAGACAAGGACGAGGGUAGCAAAAGUUCAUCACUUUUCCAGAGUGUUACCGGAAAAGCCACGCCUUUCAUCAAGAUAGACACCAAACUGGAGACCUCCAACGACUUCCGCUUCUGCGAAUUGUCCGUUCUGGGUGCCUCGCUGUCUCCUCUGACUUCCACUAGCUGUGCGGGAUUGGGUAAUCUUCUGGGCCAACUGGGAGGAGGAUUGGGCCAGACUUUGGGCGGAGUGGGCAACACACUGGGAUUGGGGGGCCUUGGUGGAGGUGGAGGUGCUGGUCGUGGUGGAAAUCGGGGCGGAAAACCAGGAGGUGGUGGUCUCGGAUUGGGCAUUUUGUAGGGCUUAUGUUUAUGGAGAGCAAAACAAGUUGUGAAAUUUACUUAAUUGUUAGAGCUUUAAAAAUGGAAAAGAAUAAUAAAAAUAUUUUAAAAUUUUAAAA